CUUAUUCCUUCUGUUCCUAUUAUAUUGUGUUAAAACAUGGAGCCAACUUCACUGAAGAUAGUUUUCUUUGUCGCAUUAUUGCUUUCCCUCUCUUGUCUGCAGAUGUCAUGCGCUUUCCCUGAGAGAGAACACGUAGCCACCCCUCAAUCGCUGUCUAAAAGCAAUGGUGAAAACAUGAGCGAACGUGUGGUUCCCAUACAUUGUUAUCCGGUAACAAAAUCUGAUGUGGCAUUAGUAAUUAAUUUAUCUUUAUUGUUUGGUACUGUGAUGUGUGUGAUGGGUAUGGGAAGCUUCCAGCUCAUCUCCAUCUCUAUCUUCCUGCCUGAACAUGUUACCCCUAUCCCUUUGUUAUAUUUUUCUCUUCCCAAGACAACUGUUCCUGUUUCUUCUUUCUUCCGACUGUGUUCAUCGGAAAUUCUCCCCACCAAAGAACCGCCACCAAUCUCUUACUGUCUAACCUCCAAAAUCCAAGUCUGGUACACACUGAUUGCUAAUGAGACGAGUGAACUUCCUGUGGAUUUAGUUACUGACGAUGGAGAUGGGAAUGGUUUGAGGCUUAGCAACUCACGAAGAAGAAAGAGAUGA